UGGACACGUCACAUGACGACUUCAUAAGGCCGCGAGAUGUCUGAAAUAUCAUUACGUGCUCUGUUUAGUCUUGUGGAAAUUAUAACAUUUAUAUGAUGGUUAUAUAGAGAAGUUUGUUGUGUAAACUUUAGUGUCUGCGUUCAUGAUUCCAAACAAUGUGUGUAAGUUUACAUGAAAUUACUGUUAUAUAAAGUUUAAAAAAAAAUAAUAAAGGCAUUUUAAAAAUGUUUUAAUUGUUGUAAAAUAAUAGUGUGGUUAGAAACGUGUUUUUCGUAAUUCAAAACAGGUGUAGUAUUAUAACUUAACAUUGGUUGACCAAUGACAGAUGUGACAUUAUUAUUAUUAUUAGUGGUGGUUUUAUAUAGCGUGGUACCCCAGCCUAGGGCUGGGCUCACCACGCUGUACAUACAAUUUAACAAAAUUUAAAGUUAAUUAAUUUAAUUACAGUUUAAAAUUAACAUACAUUUAUGAAAAAAAAAAUGUAUAUUCACUCCACAUAUUCAAGAACUAUUUACAUGUCAAGCCAUGGACGGCUACCCAGCAGCAUCGUUUAAUCUAUCGGGAGGGGGGGGGGGGAUGGUCGGAAUAUUGCGAAUGUGUAUUGGAAGAGAAUUCCAUUGUUUGUGGGCGUAGAAAGAGAAAGAACGUUCAACGUACGUUUUUGGGCGAGUCGUGAGGAACUAUCGGGAGGGGGGGGGGGAUGGUCGGAAUAUUGCGAAUGUGUAUUGGAAGAGAAUUCCAUUGUUUGUGGGCGUAGAAAGAGAAAGAUCGUUCAACGUACGUUUUUGUGCGAGUCGUGAGGACAGAUAGAUUGCGCGUGUCUGCGGAGGAACGAAGCUGUCGAAGGGGUGAACAGACAGUGAGAAGUUCUGUUAGAUAGGAAGGGAAGGAAUUCGAGAAAAGGUUGUAGCAGUGAACAGAGAGUUCAUGUAGUCAAUACGUGCUUUUACAUGGAGCCAAUGAAGUGAAAGAAGUAGUGCUGUGAGGUGAUCACGUAUUUUUUUUUGUUUUUUUUUGCCUUUAGAAUUAGCCUAGCAGUUGAGUUUUGAACCUUUUGUAAUUUUCAAUGAAGUGUUUUGAUGAAUACAAAUAACUGGAUUGAAAUGGCUUGCCCAUGAUCUUAAGAUGGCAAUGACAUGUACAUGAUCUUGGGAUUGAAAUGACAUGCCCAUGAUCUUAAGAUGGCAAUGACAUGUACAUGAUCUUGGGAUUGAAAUGGCUUGCCCAUGAUCUUAAGAUGGCAAUGACAUGUACAUGAUCUUGGGAUUGAAAUGACAUGUACAUGAUCUUGAGGGACCAUGAUAAAUUACGAUGCUUCCUAAGCUAAAUAUUCCUCCAUUAUUUAAUAUGUAAUGAUGGGAAUAGCUAGGCCGACUGAUUUUAUCAUUUAAAUAUGAUUGUGUAAUAAUCGGACCACAACUGGUGAGAAAUAGAUCUCCAUUUUAAAAAAAAAUAUUUUUUGUUGCUUUUUUUGUUUAGGCUCAGCUUAAAAUUUCAUGGGCCUAAGAAGUUUUUAUCAGCUGGGUUGUGAUGGUUUGAAUUUAUUUAUAGAAAUAGUUAAAUAAAACCACCAAGGGGGCGUUCAGUAAUUACGUCAAGAAUUUUAAGCAAUUUUUGACCACCCCCCCCCCCACCUUCCCUGUCAACAACUGUCAAACUUUCAGUGACACCCCCUAAGUAAUUAUGUCAACAUUUUUAUACCCUCCCAAUAAAUAAAUUAAUGAAUUAUAAUAUAAAUUAAAUUAUAUAAAUAGUCUACAUUUUACUUUGUGCUAAUAUAUUUUAAUAACACGAAAUUAUAGGAAAAACAUUUGUUAUUGCACCUUUAGCUUGUUAAUCAACCAGUAAAAACGUUGUUACCAAUAAAUGCCAUAAGCUCUCUCUCUCUCUCUCUCUGUCUCCUGGCAGCUACUUGCAUUAGUCGAAUCCUUUUUUUUGAAGAGGAGCAGGUGGUAGUUUCUUAUGCAUUAUUGGUGCUGUUGAUCUUGCUAUUUCAACAUGACUUGUGAUGCACAAUAGAUGUUACCGAUUUUGCAAAUCCGUUCAAGCAGCGAUGUUAUUGUAUUAUUGUUUUUCACUUUAAUUUCCCCUAAUUCUCAAAAUAUCGUAUUGCUACUCCAUCAAUAUCAUUUAUCUUGAUUGCACAUGACACUUGAACCUUGACCUUGUUCCAUACCUGCAACAUGAUCAUUUCCACACAACCCCCCCCCCUUUUCCCCCAUGCUGUUGACAUAUUUAAUGAAGACCCCUAUGGUUCAAUAAUGAGUUCACUAACGCGCAAAAUAUAAUUCCAUUUCUUAUGUAGCAAAGUGGAUGUUGGUGGUAUGAUGAGGCUGACAGUUUUACUAAUAUACAACAAAAAAAAAAAUUUCAGGUCUUGAGGACUAUAGCUUUAUUAUAAAUCUAACUAAAGAAAAAUGCUGACGAAAAAGUUAAAGAAAAAGUUCAAAGAAAAAGGACAAUAUCUGAAAAGAAACAAAUAGUACAGGUUAAUAAUGUCCUGAAUAACACCGAAUAACACAGCUAACAAAUAAACAUAUGAACUGACCAUGUAAUUACAGGGGUGUGACAAAGUAUACUUAACCAAGGAUAGAGUAUAGGUACAAGUUAUUUGUUAUACAAAUGGCAAUUAAAAUUAUAUUGUUUUAAUAAUGUUUAAUUACUUUAAAGGAAAUCACGUGCAGUGUUUAACUUGUAGCACGUACACCACCUUACACACAGAACCAUUGUGAGAUGUGAGGGCUAACAUAAAGGUCUAGUAAUUACUAUGGCACUGUCGUCCUCGUAAGGUGUCUGUCGACUCCUAACGUCUUCUGGAUUGAUCACAUUCGUCAGUUCUUUCAUACGUUGAAGCGUCGUACUAUUCUAACUAUCAAUUAACAAACUCAACUCCUUUUGAUAAUAACUAUAACUUUAAUAUCUAAGUAAAUAUAAUAAACAUCCUAUCACUCCAAGGUUCCACUCAAGACUGCCGCACGGCUAAAACAUACGUCACAAUACUGCAUAGACAAUACGUCACGACUCAGCAUAAAAAUACGUCAUAAAUACAAUGGCGGGAAGAGCGUUCACUAACUAUAAUAGUCAAGCGCGGGAAACACGUUCAACAACUAAUGAACAUAAUAUUGAGUCGCAACAAUUCCUAAUGAACGCUCAUACUCGACAGUGUCUAUGUAAGAUGCACCCAUCGCAGGACAGGCACUACAAUGGUGUAAGGCAGGCCUGCACAACUCAAAAUGUAAUUUAAAGGUGGGCCGUAAUACUUUAUGAAAAACUUGUGCGGGCCAAAAGAAGGACAACGGGGAAAGCUUUUGAGAAAAUAAUAAGAAUACGGAAUAUUUUGUUACUUCGUGGGCCGCAAAAUGGGUGAUUGGGGGCCGCAUGCGGCCCGCGGGUCGUAUGUUGUGCAGGCCUGGUGUAAGGUAUAACCUCCUCCUCCUCAUCCUCAUGUCUUUUAGUCCUUGGACCGUUGGGGCGCCACAGAUGACAUGUGAACCAUCCUCCUCCAUUCCUCUCUGUCUUCAGCACUACGCACUGCAUCGCCCAGUGUUAGUCCUGUCCACUCUUUGAUGUUAUCCUCCCACCUUUUUCUUUCUCUUCCUCUUCUUCUCCCUCCUCUUGUGGUGCCCUGCAAUAUUUCUUUGGCAAGCCCUUGUUACCUUGAUACGUGGCCGUACCAUUGUAAUUUGCGUUUUUUCACAGUCACUAGUAGGUCAUCGUACUCCCCAAUUGCCUGACGAACCCUUUCUUUCACUGUAUCAUUGGAGAUAUGGUCCCUAUAGCAGAUGCCAAAAAUGCUUCUGAAGCAUCUCAUCCACAUCGCCUUUAUUUUCCUUUCAAGAUCGGCUGUUAAUGUCCAGGAUUCGCAGGCAUACAGGAAAAUGUAGAGGACUAAUGCGCGCAUCAGCCUGAUUUUGGUGCAGGGGGGCUAUAUUUUUGUCAUUCCAUAUUUUCUUGAGCUUUUUUAAUGCUGUUGUAGUCUGCGCAAUCCUGGACAUCAGUUCGGGCUUGGAGCCCUCUUCUGAGACUAUUGCUCCUAGGUAUUUGAAGCGGCCGACAGUUUCUACCUUAAUUUCAGUGGUGAUGCAUGCGGUAUUAUUUGUCAUCAGUUUUGUCUUUUCGGCACUGAUUAGCAGGUAUAACCACCGUUAGUUAGAUACUUGCAUCAAUCAAUCGCUGUGUCUGUCGAGCAAGGAAGUUAAUAAUAAUUGUUGUGACUGAAUAUCGUGCUUAUUACACGUGAUGUGUGUCUGAGAAUUUUAGUAGUCGAUGAACGCCCUUCCUAUGCUUGACUUGGUGAUGUAUCUUUUUUGCUCAUUAUGACGUAUUGUCUAGUCUGUUUUGUGACGUACGUUUUAUUCGUCUGGCGGUCGUGAAUGGAACUUUGUGGAGGUAGGAUGGGUUUUAGUUUUAUUUCUGUCUGAUAGCGAGCUGCGCUAUGCAUGUGUGUAUGGAGUUUACAGCCUCUGUAUAGAAUUAUAUAUUAAAGUUACAUAGCUACAUAUAUUGUGAUAAAAGGCUUGAGUUGAUUGUUGAUUCAAUACUAGUACGACGCAUUACAACGUGUGAAAGAACAUGAUGGAUUAACCAAUCAAUUAGAAACAAGGAGUUGACAGUCUCUCUUUUUUAAGACAAAAGCAAACGGCAGAAUGACCAAUUAUAUUAAUACAGUUGGUAAAAUUAUCCUAACACAUGCACCAUUUCCUAUUUGAGAAUUUAACACAAGGCAAGAGGGUUAGCCUACAACAUGUCAUAUUUUACGUACAUUCGCUGGUCGGACACUGUUGUGUCAGUAGCUUAUAAGCUCAUUGCAGUAUGUGUAACCAGAACGAUAUAACGGAUGCGUGUUUGCUCACAUUCACUGGGAUCUCAUUCCAUUCAAGAAUACAGUGAACGGAUGUAUGUUCAACCAUCACAAUAUCAUGGGUACACGACAAAUUGACGGAGCUAACAAUUGAUUGGAAUAAUUAUUAAUGAUUAAUGGACUACCCUCCACAUCGACACUUUUUUUUGACAUAAUAAAUAGUAACCACUGAUAUUGUCUUUGUUAAAUCCUAGAUAAUUUGUGUCAUUUACAAUUAACCUUCAUCUUAAACAUGAUUUUAUAAAAAGUGAUUAUGCUCUUUAAAAAUUUAAAAAUAUUGGGCUCGUCCGGGAUUUGAACCCGGGACCUCUCGCACCCAAAGCGAGAAUCAUACCCCUAGACCAACGAGCCACUUAUUUGGUGGGAGGAAUUAUUUAUAAUGAACUAUAAUUUCCUGUUGCUAUGGAAUGCGGUUUAAUAUUCAAAUUUUUGUGGUCAUUGUAAUAAAUAUUUACUUGUAUUUAUACAAAAAAUAAAGAAAGUUUUUGCUUUUAGAUUAAAUCUUGCUCAUUAUUUUUAAAUUUUAGUAGUCAUGUCUAAAACUAUUUUCUGUAACUAUAUAUUUUUGCGAAUGGAUCUAGUUUGUUCUAAGGCUAACAUCCGCUGUCAAUGUAAGCAAAACAACAGCGGCAACAGUUUUUUGUCUCUAGAACAAUUUCAUGCCACUUAAAUUGAACACAUCUUAUACUUAUUUUAUAAAAGGACCUUAUUUAUCCCAUUUUUGUCAAUAAAUAACAAAAAUGGAGAUGCGUUCAUCGGAUCCAAUGGAUAACAGAAAGGGAUCGCUCACUCUGCGAUCUAAUCAUAUGAAUUACUCUCGUGCUGUCUUGAAUUCUAAAUGGUAAUUUUUUUUUUAUCUAGUCAUGCCAUAUUUAAAUUUACCAUUUUGACCUAUUGAAGCUAUUACUAAUGGCUAUUAAAUAUUAUAUUCCAUUAGCCUAUAUAAUCAUAAUUCAUAAUGUCAAAUGUGAAAUACAUUGCAAUUAUAAUACUUGACUUGGUGACUUACUUAUUAAUAAUUUAAUGAAGGAUGUCUGAACUGAAGUAAGAAAUAGUGAAAUAUUCAUAAAAAUAAAAAUACAUUCUUUAGUUUAGUAAGAUUAUUUAUAUUAGCCUAUAGAUUACUAAACUAUUAUAAAUAAUUAGUAUAGUAUUAGGAAUUAAGCCGAUGUUGAUGAAAUCGUAAUUUCAGACUGAAAUGUCAUUAUUUCAUUUACAUUAAUAAUUAAUGUCAUUAAUAAGUUACUGAACUGUUACUGGCUCAAUAUUUAAAAGAAGGACAGGGCUUUUUUUGUCAUGGAUCGCACCUUAAUGGUGUAUCAAUCAGCACCUUUUUUGGACAGAUUUUCCAUUUAACUUUUGAAAAUGUUUGGUCCAUGUGCACUUGAUUUGCCCUGUCCAGCAUAGCAGGUGCAUUAAAACCAUGCAUGCAUGCGGGGGAUGGGGGGGGAAGCAAAAACCUUGGGUCACCUGGGUGUUUCUACUCUAACCCUUGCUACGCCACGGCCACAGAUGCAAAUAAAUGGCAAAUAAAUUAUUUAUUUUAAAAAUCAUUGGUAAAAGUUGAAUGAAAAAGAAAAACUAUUAUUAAUUUUUUCUCAACCACCUGUUCUGCUAAAAAAAAGGCCAGAAUAUAUAUUAACAGAGACAUACUCACUUGAAAUAAUGAUGCCUGUUGAUAUUUCUGAAUUAGAUCUUAAGAUGCAAACCCAUUAAUUUUAAUGACCUAAUGAUAAAAAAAUAUUAAAUUACAUUUCAAAACAGGCAUCAAGCCAGGGAGGCAGAACCUAAAGAUUAUGACAUGAAUAAGCAUCCCAUCCGAACAAUGGCGAUUGCUACCUACAAUCGAAUAGGAAAUGUCACAGAUGGUGUAGGUUCAAUAUUGAAAAUAUAUUUAUUUUGACCCUUGUUUACAUAGCAAUGUUAUGGAGUGAUUCUACACAAUUUUAUGGAACAAGGCCAGAAAUUCGAUACUGGACUAGGGGGAUUCCAUUAAAAAGAAAAUUAUAUCUAAAUGUUGUAGGUUUAUAUUUUUAUAUAUUAAUAUACUACAUAAUCUUACAAUUACAUGGCCAUCCUAAAGAGUUGGGGGGGUGGGGGGGGGGGGGUGGCGGCUCCUCCCUGGGUUUUGUGCUUUUUUUAGAUUUACACACCCAAUCACUGGACACCUCCCUGGAUUUUGUGCUUAUUAUAGAUUUACACACCCAAUCACUGGACAUCUCAUCUGAAAUGUGUCCUGGUUGUCAAGCUUGGUGACUUUCUAGAUCUACAGAUCUCCAGUGAUUAUGAUAUGCCUGCAAAAAUUCAGCAAUUUUUGUCACUCCAAUUAGGCAUCUCAGCUCUUAAUUAGUAUAUUAAAUAUUGAAAUCCAUCAAAUAUUGUCUUUCUUCAGAAUAUUCUAUGAAUCUUCUUUCUGCACAUAGUAAGCAUUCUUUUUGAUGUGCACAUGAUUCACAAACAAUCUGACCUAUAAUUAUGAACACUCAAGACAUUGGAGGGAAAAUUUAGUGUACAAUAGUUGCCCCCCUUCAACAAAUUUAAAACUUGAGAUUCAUAUGAAGAUCUGCUGCUAAGAUGACUCGUGGGUUGAUUUUUUAAAUAUUUAAUUUAUAGAGAGUGCCACAACAGUAAAAUAUUGAACUGUUAAAUGCAGUAUAAAAUACUUUCUUUUAUUUUUUUUUUCCACAUCGCAAAAUUGAGCCCCUAAUCAUCAGCAGUCCUCCUGCAACUGCAGGGGUUGAAGAGCUUACACGACAAUGGAAUUAGCAUGUCACAUACAUCUUAUAUGUAAUACAAUUUUUAUUGAGAAAAAAAAAAGAACUAUUAUUUGUGAGAUUUUAUUAGUACACAAAGUUAGUAUGUUAACUCAUUUUAAAUAAUGUUAAUUAUAAUAAGCAUUUGAAACUUAUUUUCUAGUCCUUACCAGAAACAACCUAUCAAGCUCAAUCUAAUGAGAUCUAUUUAAAAUCUAUGUAUGAAACCAGAGAGUGUCAUAAGCCCAUGGUAACUUUACAGACAGUGGCUAGUGCUAAUGCAGGCAUUGACAGGUAUUUAAUUCAAUAUAUUCAUUAAUUAUCAAUAAAUCUUAUUGAUUUUUAAAAAUUAGUUAAAUAUGGCAGCAAUUCAACUUUAUAUAGGCAAUUGAUUGAUUUUCUGUCUCAAGGAUGGAUGCCAUUUUUGGGACCAGUAUCAAAAUAUAAAAAAUGUAUAAAAUAAAAGAUUGCCUUUAGAAUGAUCAUGUCCUUUAAUCUAUAUUACAGUUAAUACCAUUUAUAUAGUCUUUGAAACUUGUAAAUCUAUAAUAUUAAUACAUUUUUAAAUUUCUAUUAAUGCAGGGACACUCAUGACCCCAAAAAGUCAUUUGGUUCAGUGUUGCCAUAUCAUGGCCCAGAUCACAACAAGUACUAUUUGGACACAACUUACAAUUCAGAUUAUAUACCACCUUAUCCAUACACACACAAAGAGGAAGUGCCACCAGUAAGUCAAGCAAGUGUGAUAAAAAAAAUUAUUUGUCAAACAUGAAUUAUAACAAUUUCAUAGUAAUUUGGCAAGAAUUCAUUAUUAUGUUUUCAUGUACAGUAAUUUUCAGUAACAUUUCCCUUCAUAAUUUAUUGUUGAUAUAUUUAUUUUUUGCAACAACUUUUGGUGAUACAAAAGCAAAAAUGUUAAAACAAAUGGACAUAAAGCAUUAUUAUGCAAGAUGGAAUGUAUGAUGCCCCGUGAAGUAAAUAUGAAAAUGAAUGGUGCGAUAAGUGGCAUGACGUGAAAUGACUAGAAAAAUUAAAAACUAAAAGAGUGAUGGCUGUUCCUCAAUCAGUAUCAGACUUUUCCGUGUCUUCCUUAUGGUUCAUAAACAAUUUUUCUGUCUUUUUUUUCUACAAUCUGCAAAACUCCUCUGCACACUGCUAGUAAAACAUGCAAUAUAGUUGUUAUAGUUGUAUGCUUGGUUUAAUAUUUUUUAAACAACCCGAUUGUUCUUCGUCAUAUUUGGAAAUUUGCUUCUUGAAAGAAAUUUGGUCGAGGGAAAAUUGAAUAACAGAAGUUUGGUCUAUUCAAUUUUGGUAGAAUGGAAAUUCUGUCGCACUGAAAUUUUGUCAAACAGAUAUUUUGUUGCUACUGUUUUUGUUGUUACUAAGUCUCAGAGUUUCAGACUAGAAAUGGGGAGAUUUGUUUGAAUGGAAGUUUGUAGGAAUAGAAAUUAGUUUCGAUUAAAAAAAAAUUUUUGUUUGUGAGUGAGAAACAGGGAGCUUUUUCAAACGGAAGUUUGUUAUAAUGGAAUUUCAUUUGCAUUUCAAAAAUACAAAACAUUAUACAUUAACCUAGUAACUUAAUAAUUGGGGACUUGAAUAAAAAUAGAAAUGCAGACAGGCACUAAAAAGUAAAAUCAUACUUUCGAUAAGCUUUUCUACCAUUUUGAUGUUUCUAUUUAUUGAACAUCGGAUAAUCUAAUUUGAAUUUGUGAUGUGGGACACUUAUUUCUAAUUAGUGAUGCUAUUUUUAAGAUAGUUGGUGGUCAUGGUAUCAACCCGAUGGGUAGGCGUUAUAUGAUAAAUGGCAAGUAGUUAAAAGCAGAAAAAAUAACUUUAAAAAACUAGUAGCUGAUAGCUACAUGUAUGGGAAAGAAAAGAAGCAUGAAGAUACAAUUUAUUUGAAAUUCGUAUAAACCCAGCAACAUAAUGUCAGGUCCCUUCACUUGAAACUAUAUUAUUAUGGUUAAACAAAAUAUAUUUUUUUUUCCCGAACCAAAUUCAGUUCAAAUAAACUUCUGUUUGAACCAAAAGCCCAAUUUCUAACUCCCAGCCCAAAAAACAUAUUUAAAUAUAAACACAUUUUUUUUUAAAACUUGACCAAACAUCAGUUUGACUAAAUAUCCAUUCAACCAAGUUUCCAUUUAACCAAACUUCUGUUGAUCACUUUUACAUGAACAAAUUUCUUUCUCACACAUAUUUCCAGUAAGCGUUCUCCAUCAGUCUUUCAAGCACGACCCCUUAUCAUUUAUAAGAAAAAUAUCUGAACAAUAUGCAUACAUUCCAUUUCUGUAAAUGUUAAAUAAUAAUGUUGAUUGAUUCAUGGGUGAAGUGUUUCUUACAAUAUUACUAAUUCCUGUAUUGCAAGGCAAUAUUAUAUUAUAUAUUAUAUUAAACAUCACAUGCAGCAUACAUUUUAGCAGAACAUAAUCAUAAAGGUCUCAUGUAUAGGCCACUCAUAUGGAAUAACGUUUUUAAAUGUUCAAAUUGUUUUUGAAAUACUGUAUUAAUAGCUAAUAACAUAUUAAUAUUAACACUCCAUUCCGCAUGUCGAUCUGGCUCCUUGUUCACUAGAGUCACUACCAGAGACUAUGCGAAGAUAUAUCAUGUUGUUAUUAUGUUCAAUUUGUUUUUUAAGUUAUUACACAAUGGAUGGCUUAAACGGACUUGCUGUCUCUUUUCAAGUUUUUAUUUAACCCGCACUUUACAUUUACUAUUAUUUAUGCUGUCAUCACUUGACAAUCGCUCAACAGACGUCACUUGAUAACAAUCCAAGGAAAAAUGUUUGACUUGUGUUUUUCCCUUACUUCUUUCUUUUCUCCCUUAGAUAAAUGGUUAUUGAAGGAUAAUUUAAAUACGACCUCAUUGCACCUACUAUGUUCCAGAUCAGUUCAAAUAAAAAAAAAUGAGAAUCCUUUGUCGUAGGGCCCCUUAAAUUUGUGGGGCCCCUAAAAUGCACAUGGGCAUUAGGCACCUUUCUCUUUUGCCUUUAGGUUAAUCUGGCACUACCUUCACUUUAUUUAUAUUGUUCACUUAAUCCUAGAUUACCGAGCUUCUAAUGUAUAUGUCUUUGUAACUUGGUCCAUAAAAUCCUCCAUUUGAUAAGACGUUACAACAAACAACACAUGUUAGACAGGGAUAAUUUUUUGUAUCCACCAGAAACCUUGGAUCAUGCUAAGGUUGGGUUGAAGUAAUUAGAGUUGAAUAUUCAACACGUUAGAAAACAUGAAGUAUGUUGGUUUUUUUUUGACUGCACUAGGUUGAGACCCACUGCUUUAGUAAGAAAAUGGCAUUCAGUUGUAUAGAUUAUUAUAAAGCUAAUGAUCUCUUUAUUCUUUCUUCAUCCCACACACAAAUUAGGGUUUAUUUCUUUAAAUUUUAUUUCAAUAGGCUGAAUCUGAGCAGAAUGAAGAUAAGUCGUCUGCAUACAAGAAAAUGAAGUCACAGUUCACAGAUACUGCUGACUACAGACGCAAUGGCUGGAACACCUGGCAGGAUGAAAGUGGCAAUUAUGCUAAUUCUCAUUUCAAAGCACAGGUGUUUCCUAAAACCCAAACUAUACCGGAGAGAUUGACUUAAUUAAAGAGCAUGUUAUUUAUCAAAGUAUUUUCAAUAGACCCUUAGUACCUGUAAAUAAAUAUUUAUUCGAGUAUUUGCAACAAAAUAUUUAUUUUCACAACAUAAGCUUAAAAUAAUUAAUUAUGUUAUCCAAAAUAAAAGGAUAUAUUUAUUUUGGGUUAGUUAAAAGCAACAUAUUUUCAUAAAUAGGUAUUCUGUAAAGAAACAGUAUGUAGGAGCAUUUUAUAAAAAUAUUUUAUAAAAACAGGUAACCAUAUAGUAUUAUGUAGGCAAAACAUUUUUGUUUUACAUUUACAAGAAAUGACAAAAAACACUUUUAUGCAGAAGGGAUUUAUUGCUGCCAUAUUUUGGUACAAAAAGAUGAAUUAUGGUCCAGAUUUCUUUUGUAACUUACAUUCCACAAUUAGGGUAUAACAUCAAUCACUGUUUACAGUACACGUCAUUUGUGACAUAAAAACUAUGAAACAUAUCUUGGCUUUUUAUUUGCCUGAAAAUCUCUAUCUUAAAUUACAAAAAGGACUUACUGCUUCCUAUUUACAUUUCUCAACACUGCUCAUAUAAAUAAUCAAAUAUUUAUAUGCAAUUCUAUACAGCAAAUCAAUUACAUUAAAACAAGUAACAGAAAUUUGUAAGCAUGAAACUGGUUAUAUACAUUUUUAAAGAUUAGUUAAUUAAUUUUACAUUAGUUUAUGAUUUGUCUAUCCUGAGAAGUAUACAAGUUGCAAAACAUUUUUGUUUUAAUUAUACUGAUGAAAUAAAUAAAUUAAAUAAAUUGACAAUGAAAUAUUUUUAAUUUCUUUUAAGCAUUGUGUUGUACUGGACAUAUCUUAGUGCACAAAAACAUAAGAACAAUAAAUCUUAAGAGAAAGACCUAUGCUAGAUAGAAAUUAAUAAUUUAAUUUUUUUUAAAUUAAAGGGCCUCUACUUUGAUGAAAUUUCUUUUAGUGAAUAAUUUUUUUUUAUUUUUAGUUUUCAAUGUGCAUACCUUAACUGAAAGGAGAUGUUAAAAUUUGAUAUAAUGCCUUUGAGAUAACAAUUUUUAAAAAAAUUUAAUUUCAAACAUGAAAAUGCAAGAUCAUUUCUCUCUGAUUUUGUUUUCCUAUAUAAUUAUACCUGGCAUACUAUACACAUGGUAAUAUUUUUUAAGUAGUUUAAGCCAAAAUGCAUUGUCUUAAUGAUGGGAAAUUCAAAUUUUUCUUUAUUUUGCUUUAUAAAAGAUAUUUCAAAUAAAUAAAUUAAAUUUAGGCAAAUUUAAAUAAAAGUUUAAUGUAGGCCAAUUAUGAUUCUUUUUAAUACUAAGCUAUUAUCUGCUUUAGAAAAGUAAAUUAAUAAGGAAGACAUUGGGAAAGGGAAAAAAUAGAAUAGUUAAAGAUAAUAGUUUUCAAAAAUAAUAUUCAUAAUUCCUCAAAGCACUUGACCUAUGUACCAUGAAUAUUUUCUUAUAACAGGUCAUUAAUCUAAUUUUAAUUCAUGUUUAUUCAAAGAUUUUCUUAAUCAGUAUUUUCAGAUUGUUUUAUUGAGUACCGGUAAUACAGAUAAAUGCUGACUAGAUAUAUGUUUGUCUACCCUGCAGAGAGAUUGUUGGCAUCUCCAGUAAAAUAAAAAUGUACUAUAAUCAUUUAUUCUUUCAUCACUGAUCAAAAUUUCUCAUAUUAACUAUAUUAUUAACUAAACAGAGCAAAUUGUUUAAAUGAACUUUUGAGCAUAUAAAUAAAACAAUCUUAGCAAAUAAAGCAAAUCUGAGUGCCAAUAGUUUAAAUGCAGGAAUUAGACUCUUACUUUAAAAAAAAUUCAAAUGCAAAAUAAUGCCACUUUGUUUCUGGCUCUUCCAUUCCUCAGCAAAAUGAUGAUAAAAUAUUAUGCUUAUUUUUAUGAAUACAAUAAGGCAACCUGAGGUAGUGUCAAUUUAUAAAGAUUAAUUUGUUUUUAAAAUUUAUUCCUUUACAUACAUGCAAGUAAUUAAUGCAUGUAAUUAGCACAACAAUAUUUGUAAACAGAAAUUAUUCUGUGAAAGUGAGUGAGUUGAUAUUGUUAAUACAAAAAUUGAUUAUAAAUUUCUAAACAGAAACAUAAAUUGUUUCAUUUGAUCAUCCAGGAUCUUCAUAAAGUGAAUUCAUGUAAUAUGUAAGAUAUAGAAAUGACUGCAAAAAUAUAAUACUGAUUUUAACUUAUGGAUAUUAAAUAAUAAAAAGGUGUUACAGCAGAAUUGAUGGAUUUAGACCAAAAUAGUAAAAACCCAUCUAUUAUGGAAAAAAAUUAGUUAUAAAAAAGAGUUGAAAUAAUUGCGUGAUCAAUCCUCAGUUAUAAAUUAAAAAAUGAAACUAUCUCCACAUACAGAGUGUCUAACAUUAUGAUAACUUUGGAAAAAUGCUUUUUAUAUUGAAAAGAAAAAAUUUGCUCUUAAAUACCAUGAUAACAAAUGUAGUUUGUUUAAUUUAAAAAAAAAAAACAACUAAUAGUUAUUUUACUAAUAAACUUUGCAU